AAAGCCAUAAGAAUGGACUCCUCAGAGUUUCGCAAACGCGGCAAAGAAAUGGUGGAUUAUAUCGCUAACUAUCUCGAGACCAUCACCAGGAGGAAAGUUACACCGGAAGUCGAACCUGGGUACUUAAGGGGCUUACUUCCGACACGGGCUCCAAGGAAAGGAGAAGAUUUUGAGGAUAUUAUGAAUGAUGUUGAAAAAGCCAUAAUGCCUGGGGUGACCCACUGGCAGCACCCUCAUUUCCACGCUUACUUCCCUGCCGGUAACUCUUUCCCGUCCAUCCUGGGGGACAUGCUCUCUGACGCUAUAGGCUGUGUGGGAUUCUCCUGGGCUGCAAGUCCAGCUUGUACUGAAUUAGAGACCUUAGUACUGGAUUGGGUUGGUAAAAUGAUUGGUUUGCCAAGUGUUUUCCUACACGAGGACGGAAUGGGUGGGGGUGUUAUCCAGGGCUCAGCGAGCGAAUGCGUCCUGGUGGCCUUGUUGGCUGCCCGACAUUCAGCCAUCCGACAGCUGAAGAACCGUUUCCCAUUUGUCGAGGACGGCAUGCUGUUAGCCAAACUCGUUGCCUAUUCAUCCAAACUGGCCCAUUCGUGUGUAGAGAAGGCAGGUAUGAUUGGCUUUGUCAAGAUGAGACAACUCGACGUGGACGAUAACUACGCCCUUAGAGGUCACGUGCUUGAGAGAGCCAUCGAGGAGGACAGACGGCUUGGACUGAUACCUUUCUUUGUGUGUGGAACUAUAGGGACAACUGCUUGCUGUUCCUUUGAUAAUGUCAAGGAGCUGGGAGAAGUGUGCGCCAAAGAGAACGUCUGGUUCCAUGUCGACGCCGCUUACGCCGGAAAUGCUUUGAUCUGCCCAGAAUUCCAGCACCUACUGACUGGAAUCGAGAAAGCUGACUCCUUCAAUUUCAACCCUAACAAGUGGAUGCUGGUGAACUUUGACUGUUCACUCAUGUGGGUAACGGAUCGCGAAGCACUUACUGGAGCAUUGACCGUGGACCCCUUGUACCUUCAGCAUCAUCACGAAGAUCAAGCUAUAGACUACAGGCAUUAUGGGAUUCCGCUGAGCCGACGCUUCCGGUCGCUGAAGCUGUGGUUCGUUCUGAGGGCGUACGGAGUGGAGGGGCUGCAGAAAUACAUCCGCGAGCAUGUCCGCCUAGCAAAGCUAUUUGAGAGCCUGGUGAGAAAGGACGACAGAUUUGAAGUGAUGGGUACUGUGACAAUGGGAUUGGUGUGCUUCAGACUAAAGGGUCACAAUGUGCUCACACAAAGGCUUCUGCGCUCUAUUAACGAGAAUGGAAAGAUACACAUGGUCCCGGCCCUCAUCAACGAUCACUACGUCAUCAGAUUUGCGAUCUGCGCUCAGAAUGCCGCCGACGAAGACAUAGAUUUUGCCUGGGACGUCAUCUCAACGUGUGCAGCUGGCGUUCUCUUCAGCAGGAAUGACAGUAACAGAGAAUCUGUAAAGUUGGAUUCGGAGAACACGAGCGAGGAAGAAGACGAGGUCUUCUCGGACUUUGAAAAUGACAUCAUCUUUGAUAACCAGAGGAGCAAUCUGUCCAGAUCGAAACUUAGACGUAGUUUGUUUUUGAAGAUGGUGUCCGAUCCGAAAUGCUACAACCCCAAAGUUCAGAAGUCACUCUCGAUGGAUUCGAAACGACGGUGCAGCGACUCGUCGAAAUAUGUAUCCACCCCGGACUAUUAUUUCGGGUCUCCUAUCUAA